GCCGAGCAAACCACCGCAACCAGCCGUGAACAGCUCAUCCAGCCAGCUCCUCUCUGUGGACUCUUCGACUUCCACUACUUGUACUCGCUCCAUACCAUCACCGCUCCCAUCACACAGCUUCAUCAUCAACCAAAACCAAGCCUACGCUCAAUGUCCGGCCCAGCCCCCAUCGACACCACCACCGCCACCGAUACCAACCCGGGCGUCGACCUCUCCCCCAUCGGUCCGACCAAGGACCGCAAGAACUCGCUGGAACAUGCCCUCCAAUUCCGCCCGGAAGAGAAAGACCUCGUAGACCGCAACAUCCUGCACCAUGGAGCACCAGCGAUCCAGCGUCAGCAGGCUGAGCUCGAGAAAGCUAUGGCCCAGGACGCCCUGAAGAAACACCUUUCGAAGCGGCCGACGAAGGAGGAGCUGUUGCAGAGGGGAGUCCUUCCCGAGAAUCACAACGUCGCCCCGGCCCUCAUCGCUGCGCAGCGGGAUCUCGAGAAGAGUAUGCUCGAAGACACACUCAAGGAGAAGCUUGCACACCGCCCCAAGCCGGAGGAGGUUGUUGAGAAGGGGAUUCUUUCUCCGGAGGAGGAUCCUACCAAGGUGUAAGGGAGCGAGGGAAGAUUGGGGAAGACUCUUGUAUUGGUUGAUACCUUUCGCUUUGCUUUGCUUUGCUUUCGAUUGAACGGCUGGCAGGAAAUUGUCAAGUCUUGAGUAUGCAUUACAUUACAAUUCAAAUUGCAAUUCACACUGCCAUCAGCACAUAAC